AUGCAAUCAGAAGAAAUCUUGCUAUCAGUAAACAAACCGGCUCUCUGGCUUGCAAAUGGCACGAUCAAGUUUUCUGAUAAAGUGGGCAGUCCUUGCAUUGCUAGCCGACCAUUUAUCUAUGUCGAUGAGGAUAUCGAUCUGAAACGAUUUUAUGAAACUAUGACGAAUGAUUGGAAAGAAUUCAAACCAGCCAAUCUUGUUGUUUCUGUGAUCAAUAGUAUUAGUAAUCACAAACCGUUUAAGACUUUCAAGAUUAAUGAAACUCUUCGUGAUGGUAUACAACGCAUAAUCAAUGGGUCGAAAGUUUGGUUUAUCGGCAAUGGUAUCGAUAUUGGACUUCCACAACUAAUCGGAUCAGUUGUUCAAGAAACCAUUGCAUUAAGAGCUGAGGAUGUUUCAAGUGAGAAUGAGGAGCCUUUAUCGAAAAAAUGGAAUGCACUGACAUUUCUCGGUAUCAUAUCUGAUCAAUCAAUCAAACAAAUCUCCGAUUGUCUAACUGCCAAUAGAAAUCCGACAACGAUUGAAAUCAACAUAGACAAACGUAAUAAAUAUUCUUUAAAUAGUGAUCAUACACAUUUUAUCAUCGUUCGUGAAAAAGUCUCAACAACAACUUUCUCAAAUGUCAUUGAAAGCAACUCCGUCACCGCUGAAUGCAAUGAAAAUUUGAUCGAUUCAGUGAACAGUAGUGCAAAUCGAUUUCGAGAUCGUUUUCAUCAGUUUUUACGAGAAUCCAAGAAUCAUUCGGCAUCCAUGGAAACUAUUACUUUUCCUUUGGUGUAUAUAUUCGUACGAGGUACUCUCGACACUAUCGAAAUAUUACAAGACAAAAUUGAACAAAAUCUCCCCGUUGUCAUCAUCAAUGGUACUGGAUCGGUUGCUGAUUUAAUCGCUCUUGCUUAUAAUACGAUCAAUACCAAAACUAACAAAAUUUAUGAUGAUGUCAAAUUGAAAAAAGAAUUAAAUCGAUGUUUAUUAGACGAAUAUCCGACAUUGAGUGAUCAAAUGAUAAAACGUCACAAAAUUCGUGAUGAUAUUAUUUAUAUUGCCAAAGAAAACGAAUCAACUAAAUUGAAACUAUUGAGUUUUAUUGAUGUAAAUAGUCCAAUAUUAGCUGCUAAUGAUAUUCACAAAACGAUUCUCUCCGCUUAUUUAAAAAGUCAAAAAGUGGUUGUGGAAAAUAAAAUCAAUGUUGAAAUGCAAAACACUCUCUUAAAAUUGACAUUAGAUUGGGGUUUAAUCGAUAUAGCUCAAUCGGAAAUAUUCGAUCGAGAAGAUUUUCGUGGUUACGAUAUUCCCGAUGAUCUAUUUAAACAAGCAUUACUUGGUGAUGAUCUCGAAACAUUCGUUGAUCUUUUUCUUGAAAGAGAUUUCUCUUUACAUGGUUAUUUAAAAUCAAAUAGACUUCGAGAUUUCUUCAAUCGACAGAAAGAUCGAGAUUUCUUUACUACAACAUCACUCGAAGGAAUUUUGGGAUGGAGUGGAGAUGAUAAAAAAGUUCCGAAGUGCUUUAUUGAACAUGCUUUUAUCGAUAUUAUCAGAUGUCUGACAAAUAUAAAGAUCGAUUUUCCUCCAGAAUUCCGAUCAGAUACUAUCAGCUCUUCUAUUAAUGAAAUACCGAAUCAUACUCUUCCUCGUCAACAAAAGAGCGCAGAAACUGAGUUCACUCAAGCCAUUCGCUAUUUAGUGAUCUGUGCUGUGUUAACUAAUCGGCAUAAUUUAGUUAAAAUUCUUUGGAAACGAACUUCCGAACCUGUUCUUCUUGCUCUGCUCUGCUCGAUGAUGUUACAUCGAUUAACAUUUUACUGUCGUGAACCAUAUCAAAAAUCGUUAGGAAAAAAACAAGUCAAAGAAUAUACAGAUUAUGCUAUUGGUGUCCUUGAUAAAUCAUUCAAAGAGAACGAAAUUCAAACAUUUCAAAUGCUUUCGAAAGAACAUCCGGAUUUUAAUAGUAUGACUGUAGUUCAAUUAGCAUACAAUUGGAAUAAUAAAGAAUUUCUAUCCCAUGCCAUUCUUCAGAAAUGGGUCACUCGACAUUUCUAUGGUGAAAUAACUCCUCGAGGAUUAUCCUGGGGUUCACUUGCGGUUUCAGAGCAUCUUAAAAUAACACUUAGUGCUUUGUUCAUAUUUCCAAUGUGGUUUUGGAUUAAUUUUUCUGCAAUUGGCCAAGAAGAGCUGAAAGACGGAGAAAGUCAAAAUUCAGAAAAAAGUGUUUCCUCGACAGAUGAAUCUCCUAGAUCGAAUGAAAAAGAUUGUCAAUUGUCGAACAAAAAAUAUUGA